CGGCCGACGUGGCAACAGAUGAUUGGCUAAACGGCGGGACGAAAGAGAGAGAGAGAAAGGAUGUUGGGUUUUAUUGUUGAGGGAGACUUUUGAAGGCCUUUCUUCUCCUUCUUCUUCUUCUGCUGUGUUUGGGGCAUGGAAGAGCUGGCCAUGCUCAGGCAGCUUAUCGCUCAGCUUCAGGACUUACUCCAACUCUACGGCUCUCCGCCGCCACCGUCUUCCGACCUUCCGCUCUACCUCCUUCACUACCACCACUCGCGUCCGCCCCCACCGCUGCUGCUGCCGCCGCAGCAACAAGACCACCACAGAUGGUGCAUUCCCCAUAUCGAUGAUGGUUCUUCUACAGAUGAUUGCUACUCACUUGUGAUGGCAGCUGGAAAAUCUGGAAAUAGCAAGAUGUUGGAACCUGCUAAGCCUCCGUCAAAUAAGAAAGCAAGAAAGGAGCGAUACAGAGGUAAAUUACCUGGAACAACCCAUGAAACUGAGGCAAUGGGACAAGAAAUCUGGAAAGAGUUUCCAGAAGACCUUUUUGAAGCAGUCAUUGCAAGGCUUCCUAUUGCAGCAUUCUUCCGUUUCCGCUCUGUCUGCCAGAAAUGGAAUUCCUUGCUAAACUCAGAGAGUUUCUCUCAGCUUUGUGCUGAAGUCCCCCAAGUGAAUCCUUGGUUCUAUACCGUCAGUCACGAAAAUCUGACAUCCGGAGCCAUGUAUGAUCCUUCCACAAAGAAAUGGCACCACCCCACUAUGUCUUUCCUGCCAACAAAGAUGACUCUUUUGCCAGUUGCUUCAGCAGGGGGCCUAGUUUGCUUUCUUGAUCUUGGUCAUAGGAACUUCUAUGUAUGCAACCCUUUGACUCAGUCAUUCAGAGAGUUGCCAGCUAGAUCAGUCAAGGUAUGGUCCCGUGUUGCUGUUGGGAUGACUCUGAAUGGGAAGUCAACUUGUUUGGGCUACAAGAUCCUCUGGGUUGGCUGUGAUGGUGAGUAUGAAGUUUAUGAUUCAGUGAAGAACUCAUGGAGUCGGCCUGGAAGCACACCAGCAGACCUUAAACUGCCACUAUCACUGAAUUUCCGUUCACAAGCAGUUUCCAUUGAUGGAACUCUUUACUUCAUGCGAUCAGACCCUGAAGGGAUUGUGUCUUAUGACAUGAUUACUGGGGUAUGGAAGCAAUUUAUCAUCCCAACCCCGCUUCAUCUGAGUGACCACACACUAGCAGAGUGUGAGGGCAGGAUCAUGCUUGUGGGGUUGCUGACAAAAAAUGCUGCCACUUGUGUGUGCAUAUGGGAGCUGCAGAAAAUGACGCUCUUGUGGAAGGAGGUAGACAGAAUGCCAAAUAUAUGGUGCUUGGAGUUUUAUGGGAAGCACAUUAGGAUGACUUGCUUGGGCAACAAAUGUUUGCUCAUGUUGUCAUUGAGAUCAAGACAAAUGAACCGAUUAGUUACUUACAAUGUCAAGAACGGAGAAUGGCUGAAGGUUCCUGGGUGUGUUGUGCCACAAGGAAGGAAGCGACAAUGGAUUGCAUGCGGGACUGCCUUUCACCCGUGCCCCACUGCUACUGCUUGAUUUCUAAGUUUCUGUGUUUCUGGUGCUGCCGGUGGCUUAAGCAUGGGAGUUUUCCAUCAGCUAAAGCAUUUGCUAAUUGUUUGGUGCCAGUUGCUCCUAAGCCAGAGGCGCUUUGUUGCUUCAGGGAAGUAAAUUCAUAGCAUAAGGUUCACAGUAAAUGGUGACGGUCUCCCUGUACUUUGCGAGUCAUGUGGGAUAAUAUCUAUCAACUUCUAGAGUCUUUGAUUAUGUGCACUAUUCGGACAGCUGUGUAAGAAUAUUGCUUAUCCGCAAUAUCAGUAAGCAUUUAAUAAACUUAUCUUAAUAAACUAUCUUAUAUGUAGUCAUGAGCUGUAAGCUUUAGCCUAAGUUUUACAGGUUUUAAGUUUAGGCUUUUCUUUUGUUAGUUUAAAGAUGGGUUCUUGGGUAGUCCUGAGCAAAGUAAUUUCUCCAAUUUUUGUUGAAUUUUGAAAAUGAGGCAGAAUUGACUUCUGAAUUUUUUCUUUUUUUUGGGUCGAGGUAAUUGGCCUCUGAUUUAACCCUUAUUGGGCUACAAAUUGAGAUAUUGAUGUUCAUUUUCAGUGGCAUGACCUGUAUUGCUGAAAUUAAUGAAUCUGUUAGCCAGAU